UCUUCACUCGGCCACCACCGGGAUGAGGCUCGGGGCUGAGGUCCAAAUACUCGAGCAGCGAAUUGUCAUUAACCGGGGGCGGGGGGACUCGGAAGGAAUACAGGUGACAGGUUACCAGCAAAGAGUGAAAUUAACCAAAUUAAGGGUCAUUGGGAUAAUCUCUGGUCAACUUACUGAUAAAGCCAUGCAGCGACACACUACGCUAACUUCAUGCUCAGCACUGUGGCACUCACUCCCCUGUGCUCGCUCUGAGCUGAGGCUAGACAUUGUGCUUUCUUGUGGUCAGUCGUUCCGAUGGCAGGAGACAAGCCCUGGGCACUGGACAGGAGUCUUAGCGAAUCGUGUGUGGACUCUGAAACAGACAGAGGAUAAGAUCUGGUACCGGACGUACUCCAAGGAGGCUGAAAAUGCCACCCAAUUAUCAACAGGUCACAAGAAGAGAAAAGGACCUUCCACAAAUACGAUCGGUGUUAAAGUAAAAAAGGAAAAUAGAAUAAAAAUGGAAUUUAAAAGUGAAGAUGGAGACUUUGCAAAAAGAGAGAUGACAUUUCCUGAAGUGAAAAUGGAACCAGUGGAGCACAUGCAACAGAUGAACAUGAGCACACCUGGACUGUUGAAAUCGGAAAGCAGUGCUGUGGAUGAAGGGGAGUGCAGGAUUCUAACUGACUACUUUCAGCUGCAUGUGCGUCUCUCUGAGCUGUACUCACGUUGGAGUCAAGCUGACAAACACUUUGAGCGAGUAGCACAGGAUUUCCCUGGGGUCCGCAUCCUGCGCCAAGAUCCUACCGAGUGUCUCUUUUCUUUCAUCUGCACCUCCAACAACCACAUCUCGCGUAUCACAGGAAUGAUUGAGCGCCUAUGCCAGACCUACGGAGAGAGGCUGUGCAAGCUGGACUCCUACACUUACUACUCAUUCCCAACGCUGCAGGCACUGGCAGGAGAUGAUGUGGAGAAACAGCUACGGGUUCUGGGAUUUGGAUACAGAGCAAAGUUCGUCAAUCAGAGUGCAAAGAUGAUACUUGACAAACAUGGUUCCGAUUGGCUGAAUUCACUUCGCGAGGCACCAUAUGAGGAAGCAAAGCGUGCACUGUGUACUUUACCUGGUGUGGGGACAAAGGUGGCUGACUGUGUUUGCUUGAUGUCUCUGGACAAGGCGGAAGUUAUUCCCGUGGACACACACGUCUGGCAGAUCAUGAAGCGUGAUUAUCAAUCCCACCUGGGGUCAGGUCAAAGGACUCUCACUGACAAAGUGUAUCGAGAAAUUGGUGAUUAUUUUCGUAACCUGUGGGGUCCUUUUGCUGGCUGGGCACAUUCUGUUCUGUUUUCCGCAGAUUUAAAGAGGUUUCAGGAAUACAAGUCCAAGCAAGAGCUACAGCAGAACAGAGACACCAGGAGCUGACACCAGGAACUAUUAGUCCUACAUAAUGCAGAGGAUAAUGUAAUUACUAUUUUACACAACUCCUAUGAUAGAACUCUUGUGACCCCAGUCCUGUUUCACUGUUUAAACUUGCACUUCAGCACUGUCUGGGCCCAUUUUUAUCCCGGUGAGGGAACAUAAACCUGUCUCUUUUUCCAGUCCACUCAUCAAGCAUUACUGUGAAAAUGUUUUCAGAAUUAUCAAAGCCAGAGCCCUUUGAUCUUCUGUGGUUUUCUGUCAUGACUUUUACACUUAGGAAUGCUCAAAUAAGAGCAAUCUGAAGGCUGUACUACAAUAAUAUGGCAAAAGUAUGAGUCUGCAAAUACUAUUUUGGACUGGGGAUACUAGAUUCAGUGUGCAUAUUGACAAGGGAGUUUGGGUGUUAAUGUGGAAUGGGAGAAUUCUGCAAAGAACUUCUAAAGAAAAUCUAUUUCAGUUACAGGUGAACUUCUAGUUAUGUUACUGUACACCCACUAGGAAUCCAGCCCUUCAAUCCUCCUCACACUCCCCCAGUCCCCACUAACCACCCCCCAUCAAAAAGUACAGGCUCAUGUCUUUUAAAUUUUUAACCAAGGCUGAGGGAUGAUCUGAUGGAGGCUGUUAACAUAAGAAAUAGGAGCAUGUGUAGUUCUUACAGCCUCUUGAGCAUUCUUCACCACUCAAUAAGAUCAGAUCUGGGCCUGAGAGCACUUUCCUGCCUGUUCUCCAUGACUCUUGACUCCCCUUUAAGAUCAUGAAAGGGUUUGCUAGGGUAGACUGGAGUAGAUAUUUCUAUUUGGGGAAGCCGAAACUAGGGUUGUUAAAUAUAAAUGAGUUACUAAUAAAUCCAAUAAGUAAUUCAGGAGAAAAUUUUUACCCAGAGAAUGAUGAGGAUGCGGAACUUGCCACCACAUGGAAUAGUUGAGACAUUAGCAUAGAGGCAUUUAAGGGGAGGCUAGGUAUAUACAUGAGGGAGAAAGCAACAGAAGGAUCUGCCGAUAGGGUUGGAUGAAAAGGAAGGAGGCUGUGUGGAGCAUAAACAACGGCACUGACUAAUUAAGUCAAAUAAUCUGUUUCUGCACUAUAAGCUCUAAGUAACUAAAUGUUAGCAUAUCAAGUUGCCUUGGAAAGGAAGGAAAAAUGUACACUUAUUAAUGAAUUUGAUACAUUCAUGGAUAGAUGAAGAUUUUAUUAAUGUAUUUUUGUCAAUCUAAUAAAGAAUGAAGAUUG